AUGGGCUUCCUCGGGGGCCCCUUCUCUAGGCCAGGGUCACCAGUGCCCUGUGAGGGGCCUACGCGCAGCUCUAGCUGGGCAAACACCCUCAAGGGGCCCCCGGGGGCCCCGGGGGCCCCGGGGGCCCCGGGGGCCCCUGGGGGCCCCCUAAGAGCGGCGGUGAGAGCCUUGGGGGCCCCCGGAGGGGGCCAGGGGCCCUCGAGCCCUUGGGUUCCCCCAGGGGGCCCCUCAGGGGGCCCCCAGGCCUCAGGGGGCCCCCCAGGGGGCCCCCCAGGGGGCCCCCUAGGGGGCCCCCAGGCCCCAAGGGGGGCCCCUGCUGCUGAGGACUUUGGGGUUUUUGCUGCAGCGCCGCAGCAGCUGCGAGAAGAUCCCAGUCUUCAGGAGCUGAUUUCUUUUUGUCGGGAGUACGGCGUUGCUGUUCCCAGCUGCUCGAUUUACGGGGGCCUUCGCGGCGUAAUGGACUACGGCGUUUACGGCUGUCUCCUUCUUGACAAUAUUCGCAAAGCCCUCCGCAGCCACUUCACUUCAAGUCCCUCCCCGGGGGCCCCCUGGGGGCCCCCCUUGGGGGCCCCCUGGGGGCCCCCCGUGGGGGCCCCCUGGGGGCCCCCCGUGGGGGCCCCCUGGGGGCCUCCCGAGGAGGACCUGUGGGGCGGGGGCCCCCCCCCUGCGGACCAGGGGGGCCCCCCUGCCCCAGGUCUAGAGGGGGCCCCUCUGGAGGAGGGGGGCCCCUGGGAAGGCGCGGGGGGCCCCCCUUUCGUGGAGGCCGGGGGGGCCCCCCGGGGGGCCCCCGGGGCGGGGGAGGGGCCCCCGGGGGCCCCCUCAACUGCUGCACUUAGGGAAUCUGUUUACCUUGUAGAAACUGCUGCUGUGGGGCCCCCAGCCCUUUGGAGACACAGUGGGCACUUGGAGUUGUUUCGGGAUGAGGCUGUGCAGUGUACAGACACUGGAGCGGUCUUCAGAGUUGACUCUCUUGUCUAUCGGCCCCCAGACGCCAAAGCCGGGCGAACGGAGUACCAGCUAGCGUUUUGCGGAGAGGGGCAAACAGAGCCUGCAGCAGCAGCAGCAGCAGCAGCAACAGCAGCAGCAGCAGCAGCAGCAGCGAACCCAGCAGCAGCAGGAGAAAGCCCAGCAGCGGCAGCAGACCCCGCGGCAACAGCUGCAGCGGCCGCAGGAGCAGCAGCAGCAGACCCAGCAGCAGCAGCAGCAGCAAUAACAACUCAAGCGACAAACCCAGCAGCAGCAGCAGCAGCAGCAGCAGCAAGUGCUGCUGCUGCUGACAGCAGCAAAGGCAGCAGCGCGAAGCAGCAAACAAGAGAAGAGGGAUGGCGCCCUCUAUCGGAGGCCCCCCCGGAGCUGUACCCCCAUUUGCCUUCUCCAAUUACAGGAAGGCGAGGGGCCUUGAGGGCCCCCCGCCCCUUCAGCUUGAUGAUGGAAGUGCCCCUCAGCCGCAGCAGCAGCAGCAGCAGCAGCAGCAGCAGCAGCAGAAGCAGCAGCAGCAGUGACCUAGAUCGCAAGUCCGAAGAAAGCCUCUUUCUGCGGCCUGAGACAGCACAGAACAUUUUCGUGAACUACAAAUUGCUGCUGCCGCCCCACAGCAGCAAAAAGCUUCCUUUUGGCCUCGCCCAAGAAGGCCGCGUUUACAGAAAUGAAAUUUGCUGCUGCCGCAGCAGCUUUUUGCUGCGCCUCAGGGAGUUCCGACAGUUCGAAAUCGAGUACUUCGUGGCCCCCGACGCCGACGCGGGGGCUUUGCUGGAUUUGUGGGCGUCGCACAUUUUGGACUUUCUGCUGUCUGUUGGCAGAAGCACAGCAGCUGCUGCAGCCAGCUUGUCGCUUUCUGAGGGGCUGCCGGCGGACCGCCUGAGCCGUCGGGAGACACCCGCGUGGGAGUUGCCGCACUACGCGUUGAGGCUGCUGCUGGCGAUCCUUCACUCGGCCUUUACUAGCGAUUUGGUCUCAGGCAAAAAACGCUUCUUUUUGAACCUCCACCCCGCACUGGCCCCCUACAAGGCCGCUGUGCUGCCCAUUGUUGCCAAGGACCGGCAGGCCGUUAACCUCAACCCGGGGGCUCAAGCAGCAGCAGCAGCAGACCUCCCCCCGCACUGCCUGGCCCGGCAUGUGGUGGGGGAGUGGGAAAUCCACGAGGGCCUCUGGCAGCCCUGUAGGCAUCUCGAGGGGCAGCAGCAGCAGCAGCAGCAGCAGCAGCAGCAGCAGCAGCAGCAAGACCCUUUUUGCGGACACUUCACGCCCGACAGGCUCGGCUCCCACGGCCCCUUGAGUCCGCCAAAAGUGUCUGAGAACUUCAAAGAGACAAAAAAGUUUAAAAUAAAAUUAAAAGAAGACUUUACUGCAGCAGCAGCAAAUGGAGCAGUGGGCCACUGGACCAUGGUCUACGACGAGGGGCUGCAGCUGCAGCUGCAGCUCCCGCAGCAGCAGCAGCAGCAGCAGCAGCAGCAGCAGCAGCAGCAGCAGCAGCAGGGGGUUCGAGAAAUAGUUUAUUUUUCUUUUUUCAAAUAUGAAAUUCAAAAAGAUAAUCCAAAACUCUCCAGCAGCUUUUGCCACACUCUUAUGGUUGGCUGGGCCCACGCAACAGAAGACCCCGAGCAGCAGCAAAGUGACACACACGCGUUUGCUGCUGCUGCUGCUGCUGCUGCUGCUGCUGCUGCUGCUGCUGCUGCUGCUGCUGUUGCUGCUGCUGCUGCUGAUGGUGAUGAUGGUGUGCGCCUGAUGAUGCUGCAGCUGGUGCUGCCGAUGAUGCACCUAAUAAUGAUGAAGACGCAGCUGCCGCUGCUGCUGCUGCUGCUGCUGCUGCUGCUGCACCCUCACGAGUUUGAUAAUGCUGCUGCUGCUGCUGCUGCUGCUUUUGCCGCUGCUGCUGCUAAAUGCUUUUGUCAUUUGUCUUGCUGCUUCUGCCCUCCAUCCAUUUACCUUUCCACUUCUUCUUAUCUUUUGGCUAGCAGUCUGCCACAGCAGCAGCAGCAGCAGCAGCAGCAGCAGCAGCAGGCAAAACUUUACCUCUGCGGUUUUCUUGCUGCAGCAGACUCUCUAGCCCCAGCGGACCAAUCACGCACACCUGAGGGGGGCCCCCAGGGGGCCCCUGCAGGGGGGCCCCCAAAGGUGGUGCUGGUGGGCAACGAAGGUGGGAGAGGCCCUGGAGAGACCCACAAAUUGGGUACCAACAAUUCGAAAGAGUCCAGUGGACCUGCAGUGGUUACCGAGGCCCCGAGUGCCGGAUAUUUUGAAAGUGGCUGCAAGGAGCCUUCCAACACUAUAGUGUUUCGAGGCCGCCGUCUGCGGAAGCUAGCAGAGCUAAUGGCUUCCUUGGGGCCCCCCGGGGGGCCCCCAGGGGGGCCCCCCUUGGGGGGCCCCCUGGGGGGCCCCCCGGGGGGGCCCCCCGGGGGGGCCCCCAGAGGCACUGCAGAAGAAGAAGAGGCCCCUUGGAAAUAUAUUUCAGACUUUGAUUGGACAAAUCCAGAUCACGUUUUUAUGCGGCUGGGGCGGAGGCAAAGCGCAGUUCCCUCGGCUCCAGAUCAGGGCGACUGCGGCUCUUGUUAUGCCAUAACAAGCAGCACUGUUUUGACUUCAAGGCUUUGGAUUCGCUACGCCCAACAUGAUGACAUCUUUGGAAAGGUCCACGUCAAUGCUCUUCAAGUGGACCACGCAGUGGUGGUGGUGGGGUGGGGUUGGGAGCGGGAGGGGCCCCUCUGGAUACCCUUUUGGAAAAUUCGAAACUCUUGGGGCCCCUCUUGGGGAGAAAAAGGUUUUGGAAAAGUCUUGAGGGGCCUCAACGAAAUUGCAAUUGAAAGAGUUGCUGUUGCUGCAGAAGUCCUGCUCUUCGAAGGCAACACCCUCGUCCAGCCCCGCAGCAGCAGCAGCAGCAGCAGCAGCAGCAGCAGCAGCAGCAGCAGCAGCAGCGGCAGCAGCAGCAGCAGCAGCGGUAGUAGUGGGGCUACGGGAAGUGGUUCUAGUGAGGAAAGUGAAGAAAAGGAAAAGAUAAAGAGUUGGGAAAAAUCCCUAAAGAGCCACAGCAGCAGCAGCAGCAGCAGCAGCAGCAGCAGCAGCAGCAGCAGCAGCAGCAGCUCGCUGGAGGCGCUCAUUGCAGAGGCCUCCGUGGGGGAGCCGCGCAGCAGCAAAAGCAGCAAAGGCGGAAGCAAAAAGGACAAAAGCAAUUAUUAUAAUUUCACUUUUAAUGAAACUAAAGAUGAAGAAUUAAUUAACUUUUCAAAAGAAUUAAAAACCCUUUUAAAAGACCCAUACACUCCAAAUCCCUCCUUUACGGGUCUGCAGCAAAUUUCGCUGCAUCAAGCAGCAGCAGCUGCCCAGCAGCAGCAGCAGCACAGCAGCAGCAGCAGCAGCAGCAGCAGCAGCAGCAGCACGGCAGCACCAACAACAGUAAGUUGA